UUUUACUGAGUAAAUUAGGUGACGUUCAGGUUUUAUGGACCAGAGGUGGCAAACAGAACCCCCCUUCACUACGCCUCUGUAUCAUAGGCCAUAUAAUACAGAGCUGACGAGCCUUUUUCAUGUACUUUGGCCCCGUUCUUCAACGCCUUCAGGUCUCAGUACACCUGGACUGGGGUUGAUCUGCUGUUUUCUUUACUCUCCUGCAUUAGUGUUGGACGCAUAAACUGGAAAAGAAAAGUGAAAGCAAAGCAGAUCGAGGCAGAACCGGGGAGGGCAGGAAAAUGUCUUCCGUGCAGAUGGAAGUGGGUCGGUACUUGUCGCGGAUCGGCUUCGCGGGCCCGUCGGACGUGCCCAGCCUGGAGCUGCUGCGCUCGGUUCACACCCGUCACCUGCUGUCGGUGCCGUUUGAGGACCUGACGGUGCACAGCGGCGGACGGGUCUCUCUGGACCUCCCCGUCCUCUACGACAAGAUCGUGAACCAGCGCAGGGGAGGGUUCUGCUUCGAGAACAACUCGCUGUUCUCCUGGCUGCUGACCCAGCUGGGCUUCCGGGUCACCGUGCUCUCGGGCCAGGUGAGGAACUCGAUAACUGGCCUCUACGGGCCGCCGUACGACCACCUGAUCCUCAUGGUGCGCCUGGACGGGAAGCGGUGGCUGUGCGACGUCGGCUUCGGCGUCCCCGGCUUCAGCGUCCCGCUGUCGCUGGAGACCUGUGGCCCCCAGGAGCAGGGCCACCGGGUUUACCGCCUCAGGAGGGACUCGGACUCGGACAUGCGCUUUCUGGAGUGGCAGAAGGAGGAGAACAGAGGCGAAGAUGGGGAGUGGACGGAGAUCUACAAGUUCACCCUGGAACCGCGGCGUCUGGAGGAGUUCGCCGAGAUGUGCCAAUAUCACCAGAGCUCCCCGAGCUCCAUCUUCUUCUGCAAGUCGCUCUGCAUGCUGCUGAAGCCGGGCGGGAGGCUGACCUACAUCGGCCGCCGGCUGAUCACCACCACGUUCCCGUCAGAGGCGACAGGAGGCGUGCUGGAAACCACAACCAGGGAACUGGAGGAUGAGGAGAUUCCUGCUGUUCUGGCUCAACACUUUGGAAUUGUGCUUCCGUCUCCGCUUAUUCCAAAGGAUGACACUAUUACUCCACCUCCAGUUAUAUACUGAUUCAUCUCCAAUCUGUUUAAUGACUCAUAGCUUUGAAGGCAAAAUAGGAA